AUGAGCAGUUCAGAUAGAAUCAAACUUUCGAUUGAUCCAGGUACUUGGAAUCCUAUGGAUGAAGACAUGUUUUCUCCAGAUCCCAUUGAAUGGGAUAAACCUUAUACGGAAGACGAACCUUCUACUGAAGACGAAUACGAAUCUUCUACGGAAGACGAAUAUGAAUCUUCUAUGGAAGACAACCCUUCUAACGAACCUUCUACGGAAGACAAACCUUCUAACGAACCUUCGACGGAAGACAAACCUUAUACGGAAGACAAAUCUUCUCCGGAAGACGAACCUUCUAUGGAAGAUGAAUACGAAUCUUCUCCGGAAGACGAACCUUCUACGAAAGACGAAUAUGAAUCUUCUACGGAAGACGGACCUUAUAUAGAUCGUCUUGAUUUUUAUCAAGAAAGUACAGGAUUAGUGGAGGCGGUUCCAACAAGCACAUGUCAACUAAAUGGUAUUCCUGUAGCAAUAGGUAUUAUGGAUUUUCAGUUUCUGGGGGGUAGUAUGGGAUCCGUAGUGGGUGAGAAAAUAACUCGGUUAAUCGAAUAUGGUACCAAUCAACUUUUACCUCUUAUUAUAGUAUGUGCGUCUGGAGGAGCGCGUAUGCAAGAAGGAAGUUUGAGCUUAAUGCAAAUGGCUAAAAUAUCUUCUGCUUUAUAUAAUUAUCAAAUCAAUCAAAAGUUACUCUAUGUAGCGAUACUUACAUCGCCUACUACUGGUGGGGUAACAGCUAGUUUUGGGAUGUUGGGGGAUAUCAUUAUUGUCGAACCAAAAGCUUACCUUGCAUUUACGGGUAAAAGAGUAAUUGAACAAAUGUUGAAUAAGGAAGUGCCUGAAGGUUCCCAAUCGGCUGAAGUUUUUUUCGAAAAAGGCUUAUUGGAUUCAAUCGUAUCACGUGAUUCUUUAAAGGACUUUUUAAGUGAGUUAUUUGAAUUCCAUGGUUGCUUUUCUUGGAUUGAAAAUGAAAACUAA